AUGAUUGGAGGCGAAGAUAACAGCCGAAAAUCACGGCCCACUUUAGACGGGUCAUUGCGUGGUGGUCUGGAUCAGACAGGGGAGCGCAAAACAUCCUUGUCUGAAAAAGCCGGCCGGCCGGAUGACAAGAGGUCAGAUAAGGAACCUUGGUCUAAGACUCGACAGUCAGGGUCUGAGAAAAAAAGUGAGAAUGGUGACGUCUUGAAGGGAAACAACGAGCAUGGAACUGACGUCCAAAAGAAAGGAAAUCAAAGGCCCAGUGUGCAAGGGCGGCAAGCAGUGAAAGAGUCGGGGCCUACACAGGGCAAAAGCAAAACCCCUACCCGUUCCAGCAGUUCUACCGAUAAAGCGCCAGGUCCGGCCAUGUCGGUGGCGGAGCGUACCCGUCGUCUGAGCUUCGUGGGCAAGCCCUCGGGCGACGAAUCGUCCAAGCCAAGUAGACUGGACUCGCGCCCGUCGAACGCGAGACCGUCGGAUUCGCGGCCGUCGACUAAGGUAUCACGACUGGACAAAGGACUUGCGGGAGCCAGUAAUAAGUUCGGCCGUCAAGCCAGUAAGCUUGACAGAGCGGGUAAGUUCGAAAAAACUGGUAAGCUGGACGGCAAGGAGGCGGCUAAAAGGGUGGGUGAGAAAGCGGUGAAGUCAGGGGAAGGGAAAGCGGUGAAGUCAGGGGAAGGGAAAGCGGUGAAGUCAGGGGAAGGGAAAGCGGUGAAGUCAGGGGAAGGGAAAGUGGUAAAGUCUGGGGAAGGGGAAGGCAGCAAGCCCGAGAAGGGAAAGGACAGCAAACCGACCGAUGGGAAAAACAGAUCUACGGAGGGAAGACGGGUUGCAUUUAGUCCGGAUGUGGGGACCAGAAGCUCGCAGCGAAGGACGUCUGUGGCUGACAAGUCGUCCGAGGGGCGGAAAUCGGGUGUUAAGCAGCAGCAGGUGGGCGUCGAUGACCUCAAGUCUGGUCACAGCAGUGGUGGUGAGUCUGGUCCUGUGGCAAAAGAUGAAGACCUGACGUUCGGGACUUUGGAGUGGUACCGAAGAUGUCGUCAACGCGUCGACGAUCAUAUAUGGGCAGCAAGAAACACCAAACAGCACUCGGACCAUUGCACGGCUGUAGUCGUGGGCUACGACUUUCUUUGGAUGGGGCUCUGCGAGCAGUCUCGCCCGCUUGUGACGACUGAGCUCGACUUUAAAAGUCUCCGUAGCCGUCGGAAACCGCCACCUAUCAAGAAGGAAAGAUCUUCCGACGCACCAAGUGAUGCCACUGAGAAGGGAACCAAAAAAGCCGAUGGGCAACCUGUUUCCUCCUUCGACCGUUUCCAGCGAGAACUGCGGGCGAAAGAGGCAGCCCGGUCGAAACCGGAGAACAGCGAAGAAGAGCUUGUUGACCUCAAAAAAACGGACUCCGAUACUCUAUCAGUUGAUGACAACAACGCCACUCAUCAAUCGACUAAUGGGUCGUCGUCUAACAAGUUCACUUCUAAGUCGACUGAUAAAGCAACUAUUAAUAGCACCACUAAGUCCACGAGCAACCUCGCUACUAAAUCUAUCGCUGGUAGCGUGGCUGGUAAUUUAAAGGGUACCGUAUCCACCAAAGAAACUACGGACCAGGAAAAGGCGGUCGGAGGGGCACCUGGUCCAGGGAAAGAGGAGUCUGGUGGUGUCAAAGGGGAGCAGCCUACCAAAGGGGAGCAGCCUACCAAAGGGGAGCAGCCUACCAAAGGGGAGCAGCCUACCAAGGGGAAGGGUCGUCCACCACCUAGCAAAGGUGUUGUUAAGAAAGCACCUCCACCGCCGAAGAAGUCGUCGGCUUCUAAACCCAGAGCAUCCUGGUCGGGUCGGAACGGUCUGAUGCAACGGUUGUUUCGGAAGAAGCAGCAACCUUCAGCAGCCCCUGAUCUUGUUGCGUCCAGGGAGUCGUACCUUACGCGCAAAUACAAGAAGCUCGGAGGGCUCCUGCCUGUUGGAGACCACGGGGAAUUUGCAAGGACUUCGAAACCGAAACCGGAGUUAGAAUUACCGAUCUCCUUAUCACAACCUGCAAAUUCUCCUACAAACAUAAAGCAGAUGCAAAAUUUAUCGGAGAGCGUUAGAGUUGAGGGAGCUACUGAACUUGGACAUACUGAACUUGGACAUACUGAACUUGGACAUAGUGAGAUUGUACAUACUGAGUUUGGUCAUACUCAACAGCGUCCAUGGGACGAAGCCGUUUGGCCUCGGAGAUACGACUAUGACGUUCGCCAGGACCGGAUCGAGAAGGCCUUGUUUCCUUCGGUAAGAGCAGCGUGUGAAAAAUUUCAUCAGAUGUCAUUUAAUCGCAAUAGUGUGUUUGUAGCAUACGAGGACCUCUUAAUGCCCCAAUAUGUUGAAGUCGUGGACGAGAUGCUUCGGCGUCUCUUGGGAGUGCACCCCAUCACAUGGGUACCUGCGUCUGUAUGCAGUCUAGCCGCAGUGGGAUUAGACAGUGGCUUGGUCGUCUGCAUUGGUAGAGACUACACGGCCGUAGUGGUGGUGUGGAACGGCGAGGUCUUGCUUUCUUCGCUGCAACUCAAUCAAGACCGGGUCCUUCCAUCGCGCCACCGCGAUCGGGACUCUCUUGCCGAAACCGGGUGCCGCCGCAAAUGGAGCGCUGCGAAACCGGACAAGCAUAAGGCGGACCUGCCCAGGAACACCCGAAGCAGCAGCAAGGUUGCCGCCCGGAGGGACUCAAAGAUCGAAAGGGAGUCCAGCACUGGGAAGACGCGUGACGACUCCAAGACCCACAAAGACCCGAAAACCGGAAAGGAAUCACAAACUGGCACGGACCCGUCCAAGACCCGGCGGGAAUCCAAGACCGGGACGGAGCCCAAAAUCGGAGAGACAGGGAAGGACUCCACAACCGAAAAAAAGUCCAAGACCGGGGGAGCAACGGCUGAGACGGGGGAAAGGAAGCAAGGGGGAGCACUACCGGGCGAGAAGACGUCAGGUCCGACGCCAGUUCUCAGACUUACAUCUCCAUCUCCACCUAGUCCGUCACCGACUAGUCCAUCUGCCUCAUGUGUGUCCGCCUCCAGUUCAAAGGUGACGUCGCUCAGUCGGCGUUCAAGCGAGGCUCAAGGGACUCCGAAGCUCGCUUUGCAGCCGCCGGCUGCUUCGGACCGUUCAGACGUUAGCGUGUCUAGUAGUAUGCCUGGAAGCAUGGCUGGCAGCAUGGCUGGCAGCAUGGCUGGCAGCAUGGCUGGCAGCAUGGGUGAAAGUGGAGAGGAGAGGCUGUGGUCCUUCGAGACGGAGGAACCAGUAGACGAAGUGAGUUACGAUCCGACGCGGUGGCCGGGUAAUCUGGACUACGAAGUGCUGUUCAACAAUACGUUCCAGCGAGAAGGUCGAGGGACCCCCACCCUGCCCGGCAUGGUCGUCCGGGCUCUUGCACUCAUCAACGUGUCCAUGCGACUGCUGCUUGCACAACGCAUUGUGGUCAUUGGAGCCGGUAGCGAAGUACCCGGCAUGGUCGACCGACUUCAGAAACAACUUUGCUCGCCCCUAGUAACUGACACCCCCAAAUACCAGGUCAUUGCGGCUGGAACGUUGCUGCCAUUUCUGGGCAUCAAGCAUCUCAACAUCCACAAUUGA